CGAGAUCUUUUUCGUCCUGCCGCGAGUCAGCGACACGACUSUUACGGCUGCGAAGGAAUCAGAACGCACAAAAGACAAACCUUGUGGAAACGAGCGCAAAUUCAGAAGCAYGAACGRAGACGAUGCACCCGUUUCUGAGAACAUUGUUGAUUAGUGUCCUCCUGCCGACGGCAUCCUCGUUUGCCACCGGCAGCAAACACCUGCURAAAAAGUGCCGCUCGGAGCAGGAUUGCAGGGAUACRAAGCUGGCACUAUCGGUGCAGGAUGUUGCUCACGAUAUUGGUGUUUCGGUUCCCGCAUUGCAAGCAGGAAUUCCGGGAUAUCUCCUCUAUCCAUCCGUGUUUGCCGCCUGCUUUCGCAUCGGAGCCGCGAUUGCUGUCAUAGGCCAGCCGCGCCUCCCGAGCGACGACAACGACGGCUACCGCGUUGGGUCCAGGGUGGUCCGGCUGCCCCGACUCAAAUCCAGRGUCCGGUUGUUCUAUCCGUGCUCGGAUCAAGGCACGGACGGAACCGCGGCAACAGAGGGCAGAUACUGUACCGACGGGAGGGAGACUUCCGAUGGAAUGGCCGGGCUAGUGGGGUUUCGCCAGAUCGGACUCUCCUUCCUGCUGGCGCACCUGGCGGACGCACCGAGCGGCUGCUGCGAAGACCCCAGCGGUACCGGUGGCCCCUCGAUCCGCGACGGGGCCGGCUACCCCCUCCUCGUAUACAGCCACGGAUACGGCGGCAACAUGGACAUGUCCACCUACUUUCUCCGGGGCCUCGCGAGGAAGGGCUUUGUCGUCGCCGCCGUGGAACACACGGACGGGACGGCCUCCUCCACGCGGCUGUCCGACGGAACCCGCCUGGGCUUUGACCCCCGCCGGUCCUCGCUCCGGGACGGCCUGCGGCUGAGGUCGGAGGAGCUCCUCGAGGCCGUGGACUACCUGCCGGUGCUCUUCCCCGRUUCCAUCGGCCGAGUGUUCCUAGGGGGACAYAGCUACGGCGCGCCUUCCGCCCUGCUGGCGUCGCAGAAGCGGCCGGGGGGGAUCUCCGGCCUGGUCMUGCACGACCCCGCCCUCGGGAUGGGUUCCGGGAGCCUCUCGCUGCCCCCGGCGGUCCCGGCCGUCUCGUACGUCUCGGACGAGUACCACCGGGCMGGGAUCGCGUGCGGCGACGCGACCUACCACGUGCGGGGGGCCUUUCACGGAAACUUUGUGGACGCCCCGCUGUGGGCMCCCCUCUGGAUCAUGCGGACUCUCUCGCUGGUGAUCCCGGCGUGCGGGCCGGCCGAUCCGGAGAAAGUGCACGAGCAGCUGGCGGAGAGCGCGAUCGCCUUUGCCGCGGACCCCUCCGGGAGGGAAGGGGUGGACCGGGGCCUYUUCGAGCGGGUGGUGUGAGGGAGURUUGGGRGAGCUGGCGAACCGUAAAAAUGUUGGGACGGCAGAAMAAWGGKGUGAAUGCCAAUGRCUCGUUUUGUCGGAGGACCUGCCAAUCGCGUUCAAACUAUCUUGUAGAAGCCCAAUAAAUGAAUUGUAGCGCGAAACUAAAGUCCCUAGGGCACACAAUACCACCAGACUCUAGUGCAAGAAGAAUUGUUGUAGAAAUAGCAAUAAAUCACAGCAAUCACC